UGUAUGUAUGCAGACAUAUACAGUAGUCGUUGGUAGACGUGCUCGAAUAGUGUCGGAUAAAUUUCGUUGACCGUCUAGUGUGAAUACAUUUAUUUUGGACAGAUUUGUGAGAGAUUCGGCAUUGCGCUGAUUAAAUAUAUAUUGUCUUUGUUAUUCGAUCGUGGGAAAACAGGAAGAUGUAAAUAAAAUGAUACGGUCCCGCAGCAAAUUUGGGCAGUGAUGUCCCAGCUGAUGCGUUUAACAUAUUUGACAGUUGAAAUUUCGUAAUUGUUACCCGUAUUUUCAUAUGAGACUUUUUACGCAAUUUGUCUAAAUUACCGUACGGAAUGGCGGAUAUAGAUGACCUAUUUCGUUUGGAUAAAUACGUAGGGUCAGAAUCUUUGGCAGAACUUUGUUUUCGAGUGAUAUGCAAAAAUUUAGACAUUAUUUCGGAUAAGGAGCAAUGGGAUAAAGAGAAUUCUUUACGAAAUCUCUUAGAUGGAUUGGUUUUGCCGAGUGAAAUAUGUGAUAAACUUAUCGAAUACGUUCUACGGAGCGAUACAAUAGAAUUUCACGAUGAAUUUUUUCAUAUAUUCAGUAACACAUCAACAACCAAACUUAAACGUGUUAAAAUAGUAAGAUCCAACCUGACUAAUCAGUCAGUACAGAUUUUAGCUUUGCAUAAGCUUGUGGAAUUAGAACUUAUCGAUUGCCCUAAUGUCACAGAAGCAGCUAUCGAAUAUAUAAAUGCUAACGCAGCUAAUCUACAAAGUUUAGUGUGUCGAGGAGAACAUUCUUCCAUCAUUACGGCAGCAUUUAGUGAAUAUCAGAGACGAGGGUAUGUGUUUGAGACACCAAGCCUACGAAAUCUGGCUUUAGAAUAUGUUGGAAUUCAUCCACAGGAGUACAACAUACUUUUGGCUGGAUUAACAAAUUUAACACAUCUGGAUUUAUCUAAUAAUUUACAUGUAGGCUAUUUCACUUCUUUCGACUUGGUCCCCAAUUUAAUAUCUUUAGUUUUACACAAUGACAAGAUUAAUAAUCAGGCACAAGCUUUCAUUAGCAACAUUUGCCAUUUAAAAAAUUUAAGGCAUUUAGAUAUUUCCCAACUUGAUUCCACGAAUGGAAGAUUUGAAAAUCCUAAUACAAUAUUAUCUGAUAUUGUGAAUGGCUUGCCACAAUUAACUUCUUUGGAUAUUAGUGGCACAAAUUUAGCAGAAGUACAAAUAGUCGAUUGUGGAAUACAAACAACUGAUCAAUCCUCUUAUUUUGAGUUUAAUGAUAGUAACAGCAAGAUCUGUGAUAUACCAGGUCUUGUUUCCAGAGUAGACAGACCUUUGCAAUUUUUAGGCCUCUAUGGAACAAAUGAGGCUUGUAGGCGACGUAAUAUUCCAGCAAAACUGAUAGCAGGAGAUGCAAAUGAAGACCAAAUAUUGGUUGCAGCUCAUGUUUAUAUGAAUAAUAAACCUGGUUUUUUGCUGAAAGUACUAAAUGACCUUCAUCGUGUGUACAGAUAUGAAAAUUGUCAUAGAGUGGAUCAAGCACUUUGUGUGAUAUUGAAAGCAAUGGAAAAUCAUCCACUAGAAAAACAAAUACAGAUAUAUGGAAGUGCAACUUUAUUUUAUGUUAUAAAAAUGAAAGAAAAAGAUGAGCUUGAACCACGGUUGAAAGAAAGAAUUGUUUCCGUUCUUCUUACUGGAAUGAGCAUGUAUAAGAACGAUGAAAGUAUAAUGCGUAAUGGUUGCCUAACAUUAUGUCAAUUCCGUAUACCACAGGAUGUUAUGUCGAAUUAUGAAACAUUGGUGAAACUACUUUUACAUUCGGUUAAGCACGCACAGCAAGGAUGUUAUGUUCAACGUAUUGGAACAUUUAUUCUAAAUAUUUUGGCAUGUCACGUGACAGGCAGAGAAAAACGUUUAUUAGGCAACCUUGGUUGUAUUAAAACAAUGCUUAAGUUAAUACAAUAUAGAGUUAUUCAUAACAUAUACGAUGAUGUUUUGGAAGUAGCAUGGUCAACUAUGUGGAACAUGACUGAUGAGACUCCUGUAAAUUGUGAACGAUUUUUUAGUGAAAAUGGCAUGGUGCUUUUUCGUAAGUGCGCGAAGCAAUAUCGUCACAAACAAGAAUUACUGAAAAAUAUGAUGGGAUUACUGGGCAAUGUGUCAGAGAUCCAACAUCUGAGAGUACAUCUAGUACAAGAGCAAGACAUGAUACUUUUUGAAAACUUAUUGCAUUCUGAAAGUGAAGACAUUGAGAUACCUUAUAAUGCUGCCGGUAUAUUAGCUCAUAUAGCAUCUGAUGGUGUUGAAGCAUGGACAAUUAAGAUACCAACUAGAACUGAAAUGCUUGAACUUAUGGUUAAAGCUAUCGAACAAUGGGACAUAUUUUCAGAACGUAAUAUCAAUUAUCGGUCGUUUUUACCAUUAUUACGUUUGUUAGAUGUAUACCAUACACCACAGUGUCAACAUUGGGCAGUUUGGGCUCUUGCUAACCUCACAACUGUUUACCCUCAUAAAUACUGCAUAUUGGUUGUACGUGAAGGAGGUAUUGAAAAAUUAAAUACAUUAAUGUCUGAUCCAAGGCCAUACGAACGGAUAAAAGAACUUGCGCAUUUUGUGAUUCAGAAUUGUUGUCAUAGUAACAACUCUAACGAUACAUACGAGUAUCAAUCGUCUGUAAAUGUAGAAUAUGGUUUAGGUGAUUAAGAAAUAACUUGCUGUUUUAAUUUAAAUACCAUUUGAAGUAAAAUAUUUAAUAUUUAUACUUCUAACCAUCAAGUGUGAGUAAGGUUAUUAAGACAUACUAAAAUUUAUAUGUUCAUUUGCUCGAAUGUAAAUUUCAAGUUGAAUCUCAGAAUCAAACUGCUCAAACAAUCCUACUCACACUUUUGUUACAUGAAUAUUUACUUGCAUAUUUUAUUUAUUACAUAUUAUGAAAAAAAAAUUAUUAUCAUAUUCAUCAUUAAUUAGUUGAUAUAAAAUAUUUUUUAUAUUUAUUAUCGAUCUUUAUAAAUAAUAUUCAAAUCCAAACGUGUUUUUGGUUUAUGUAAAUAGUCAUAAUGUAUUAUAUACAAGGAAAAGUUGCAACUAGACUAAGCUUAUAUUUUUCUGUUUUAAAUACCGAUAAUGAGCUGAAGUAAUGAAGUUUGAUGUUGAAAGGUUAUGUUAAGUUUCAUAUGUUUUUGUGUGAAUUCUUUGUAGAUAUUUGUAUUAUAAGUAAACAUUUUCAGUUGCCAUUAAAUUUUCUUUCAUAGAAAAAUCUUAAAUAAAGACUAUGUUAGGUUAUUAUGUAAAUAUAAUUAAGAAUAAAUAACAAAAUGAAAUAAAUUAGA